AUGGCCUAUCCCAGCAGUCCGGCAGACAGCCCAAAUGACAUACGCUUUGAGCAGUACAAGGAUGAGCGCGACAUGCCUGGAAUCGUUAGUUUGAUCGACAAGGACUUGUCAGAGCCGUAUUCCGUCUUCACGUACCGCUACUUCAUCAACAACUGGCCAGACCUCUGCUACAUGACCAUGCAGGGGGACAGGUGCGUGGGGGCCAUUAUCUGCAAGCUGGACACGCACCGCUGCAGGAGGACCCAUCGAGGCUACAUUGCAAUGCUCGCGGUGGAGAAGGAGUUGCGGGGCCAGCGGAUCGGCUCCAAACUGGUCAAGCUUUGCUUAGAUCGAAUGCGGCAGCUGGGGGCAGACGAAUGCGUCUUGGAGACUGAAGUGACCAACCUGGGUGCACUAGGCUUAUACCGAAGCAUGGGCUUUGUGAAAGAGAAGCGAUUGCACAAGUACUAUUUGAAUGGGAACGAUGCUUUCCGGCUGAAAUUCCUGUUCAAGAUGAUCAACCGUUUCCCGAAGAAGGGCGAGACCCUGGGGACCCGCAGUGCAGACACGGGGGUCAUGGUGCCGGGCGGCAAAGGCGCUAACCAGGCAGUAGCAGCUUCGCGCCUUGCAGCUGGUACUCCCAGGAAGGCUCAGUUCGUUUGUCAAUUCGGAAAUGACUCCCAUGCCACAAAGCUGGAGCAAGUACUCGUGGACAACGGCUUAGAUCUCAGCGGCUGCGGCCGGGCCCAGAAGCCGUCUGGGCAAGCUUUCAUUUUCCUAGAGGCAGAUGGUUCCAACUCCAUUCUCAUCGUCGGCGGGUCGAACGUGGCGUGGCCCGCAGAAGUUGCCGACUUCCAGAGGCUCAUAGAGGGGGCGAGCGCCGUCCUACUCCAACAAGAGAUUCCAAAGUACGUCAAUGAGGAGUCUAAGAGUCUGGGAUCAACGGAGAAGGUGCCUGUUAUUCAAGAUGUUGGUGGCGAAGAACGGGACUUUCCGGACGAGUGCCCCGCUGAGCCAGGGACGCCGCACGAGUGCUCGUGA